AUGUCCGCCGAGAUCGUCAAUCAAGAUCCCACCAACGACCACGAGCAGGAGGAGCUCGAGAACGGCGGCAACGAGCCCCGCGGCACCAAGAGACAACGCACUUCCACCGCGAAUGACGACGAUGACGAUGACGACGACAAGCCAGGUCGUGAGCGACGCAAGAUCGAAAUCAAGUUCAUCCAGGACAAGUCGCGUCGCCACAUCACAUUCUCCAAGCGAAAGGCCGGUAUCAUGAAGAAGGUCAGUCCGCACAAUCCAUCGGCGCGUGCUCAUCAACAACAUCACGCGCGUAUCACUCGACUGUCCAUCAAAGGCUAACAUCCUAGUUUCAGGCGUAUGAGCUGUCAGUCCUCACUGGCACCCAGGUGCUCCUUCUCGUCGUCUCGGAGACUGGUCUCGUCUACACCUUCACCACUCCAAAGCUUCAGCCGCUCGUCACUAAGCCUGAGGGCAAGAACCUGAUUCAGGUAUGCCUGUCGCAUGCAACGAAGUGCUUAAGUGUUCGCAUGCUAACUUGUUCCAGGCUUGCCUCAACGCCCCAGAGCCGGCCGACUCCAAUGGCGUCGAUGGCGAAUCCGCGGUAGACUCACCCGAGGAGCAACAUUCUGCACCACCACCACCAAUGCCUCAGAACAUGCAGCCACAAGGCAUGCCGCCUAAAAUGCCGCAGAACUACAUGACUGCCGACCAACAACAAGCUAUGCAGUACCAGGCCUACCUCCAGCAGCAACAGGCAGCUCAGCAGGGCGCGUAUCCAAUGGCACCGCAGCAGAUGCACUCGCGAGGCUAG